CAGCGAUCCGCCGCGUGCGCCACCGAGGCCGACGCGCCGCGCCAGCCACGUAGAGGAACCUUCGCCACAGCCAGCCGUAACCCGGCGCCGCGCCAGCCGCACCGCGCCGUCGCCGCGCAUCACCGACAGCUACGCCGCAGCCGCACCGCGCCGCCGCCGCGCAUCAGCGAUAGCUACGCGUACCGCACCGCCGCCGCGCAUCACCGAUAGCUACGCAGCGACGAGCCACGCGCGUGACCGCUAGCGCCACAAAGACAACCAUGCCCCAGGCCGACUGGGACACGGACGAAGGACUCGAGGAGAUCGCCAAGUUUUGUAGAAACGGCUUCCCGGUGCGGAGCGGCAUCGAGAGAUUGAGGAACGCGCACGACACGGAUCGGAGGGUCGAGUAUUUCAGGGGCGAGAAGCUCACCAUAUUCUUACUGGGAGACUUGGACGACGACGAUAAUGGCAAGAAGAAGAAGAAGCAGAAGGGCCGGCCGUUUACCGCCAAGGACACGGAGGAGGCGAGAAACGUUGUGACAAGCAUGAUGGCCGCGGGCUACAUCCACCGAGCGACGCGAGUAGGCAAAGGGCAAUUAGAAUGGGAACCCAAACAAACCUGGGAGCCGCGGGACUACUAUGUCUGGGACUACGAGGGCUCGAAGGGCUUUAGUAAUUUCAUGACGGGGCUGCUCAUCGUAGGCAUGCUCGUCUGCACGUGCUUCCCGAUCUGGCCCCACUUCCUCAAAGUUUAUCUCUGGUACCUCAGUGUUACGUUCUUGAUCUUCAUGAGCAUCUUCUGCACGCUACGGAUGUUACUAUUUAUGAACUUUUGGGUUUUGGGGUAUGAAUUCUGGAUCCUGCCGAAUUUGUUCGACGAGUCCCUCACAUUUGCGGAGUCCUUCAAGCCGGGCUACUCCUUCGACCCCGGCGCGAAGGGUCAGAGAUACUACCGGGCGGCGCUGUUCAUGGGCACGGUCGCGUUUUUCGCGUGGGCUUAUAAUCAACCCACCGAUUUCGAUUUGUUCGUCGAAGCGCAGAAGGAGUUCAUCGAUGAUCUCUACGAUGGGAAGUUACUCACGGAUUUUAGUCAGCAGUCGAAGGACGAUAUUGAUCUCGUGAAAAGACCGUCGUGGGCCGAAUUGGCGGCCGAGGAGAUCAAAUCUAGGCAAGAGGAAGAAGAGGCCGAAAAAAUACAAGAGAUGCACCGCAAGAAUCUGCAGGGCGAGCAGGACCCGGACUACGACCCGGACGCCGAGGCCGAGGAGGCGGACGCGAUGAUGGAAGCAUUAUUGGGGGACGACGGGGACGAGUAG